CGCUGCGGGAGGGCCCGCGCGGACGUCAAGGGGUGCGUCGGGCGUUCCUGCAUCUCUUCGCUGCCGCGAGCGGCGCGGCGAUCCUCCUGAGGUCUGUGGGAUUCCCUCGUUGAAACCUAACUAGUCUGCCCGCCCCGGCCUGCGCCCCUGGAGAGGUCCGGUUAGGUAGAUUUCCCGGCAGGUCCUGUGCUGUGAAGCCCUCGGAGCCCAGACUUUAAAAUAAAAACAAUGAAGAAGUUAAGGCUUAAGGAACUAGAGAGUCGCCUGCAGGAAGUGGAUGGAUUCGAAAAACCCAAGUUACUUCUAGAACAGUAUCCCACCAGGCCGCACAUUGCAGCAUGCAUGCUCUAUACAAUCCAUAAUACAUAUGAUGACAUUGAAAAUAAAGUGGUUGCAGAUCUAGGAUGUGGUUGUGGAGUACUUAGCAUCGGGGCCGCCAUGUUAGGAGCAGGGUUGUGUGUUGGAUUUGACAUAGAUGAAGAUGCACUGGAAAUAUUUAAUAGGAAUGUGGAAGAAUUUGAAUUAACAAAUGUUGAUAUGAUCCAGUGUGAUGUGCAAUCAUUAUCAAACAGAAUGUCCAAAUUAUUUGAUACAGUAAUUAUGAAUCCUCCCUUUGGAACCAAAAAUAACAAAGGGACAGAUAUGGCUUUUCUGAAGACUGCUUUGGAAAUGGCAAGAACAGCGGUAUAUUCUUUACACAAAUCCUCAACUAGAGAACAUAUUCAAAAGAAAGCUGCAGAAUGGAAAAUCAAAAUAGAAAUUAUUGCAGAACUUCGAUAUGACCUGCCAGCAUUAUACAACUUUCAUAAAAAGAAAUCAGUGGACAUUGAAGUGGACCUAAUUCGCUUUUCUUUUUAAAAGCUUCCGAAGACAAAAAGCAGCUUAAAAUCUAACUAAGAUGAAUAAAAAUGUUGUUUACUAA